AUGAGAGCUCGACUUGUGCUCGUUGGGUGCGGAUCUCAUACUUCGAUUGUAGUUUUGCAAGGAGCUUUCGCAUCGGCGCUCAACGAACAUCAAGAUUUUGGUGGAUCGAUUGUUGAUGUUGUUGAUUUCGACACUCAUGGUAUUGAAGAUGCAAAUCCUUAA